UAUCAGAGCUGAGGAGUCAGGAGAAGCACGGUGAAACUUGCCUUCCUUUGCACCCAGCAGGUAUCAAGUGCGCCAGCAAAUUCAUCUUUAAGGGAAUGAACAAUCAAUACAUCCGGCGGGAAAUCUUUUGCUGUGAAACUUGUCAUGAGCUCAAAAGCUUCUGGGAAAAAGAAAUUAGCAAACAGACUUGCUACUGGGAACUGGAGCAAAAGCGUCAGGGGAGAAGUGCCCUGAGAAAGCUCAGAGAAGAAUGGAAACAGAGACUAGAGAAAAGAUUAAUGAUGUUGGACAACCCUGAUGAGAAGGAAAAGCAGACAGACACCAUGGCAUCCUCCUUGAAUAAAAAACUAACACCAAAGUUAAAGUGA